AUGCAUAAUUGGUAGAAUGAGCUUCAAGAUGCGAAGACAACUGGUUCCUAUAUAUUUAUGAUUUUCAAUGUAAACACUCUAAUAAGAGACUCUAAAUUCAUAAACGGAAUGUCUAAAGAAGGAGGAGCACUUUAUAUUGCAGGAGAUAGUAAUGCAGAUAUCUAAUCAUCAUUAUUUCAAAAUAACAAAGCUAGAUCAAAAGGUGGUGCUAUUUAUUCAACUGGCUUUUUAAGUAUUAAAAUUGGGAAUUCUACUUAAUUCAAAGAUAACUAUGCUGUUGAUCAAGGUGAUGAUAUUUAUUUGACAAGUUCUCUAAAUUUAAUUACUUUAAACAAAGUUCUCAUCACUAAUAUGAAAGCUAAGAAUUCUAUUUAUAUUGAGUAGGCAAAAUUAUUUUCUUAAGAGCUUACAAUAAAAGAUGCCUACCAAAAUCAAAAUUCGAUAAGAGGAGCAGGAAUAAACUGCUAAUAUUGUUCAGAUAUGGGAUCAGGAGGAGCAAUUUAUUAUUCUUGCAAUGAUCAAACUUUAAAUUGCAUACUAAGUUUUGAUGGAUUGAACAUUUUCAAUUAAAAUUAAGCUUAAAUUAAAGGAGGAGCAAUCCUCUGGACAACUCUUGAGCCUAUUUUUACCAAAAUUAAUCUUAAUUUCAUAAAUAACACUGCAUAUUAAUACGGAGAUGAUUUAGCAUGCUUUGCUUAAAAAUUAGGUUCUUUGUCUGCAAACCAAUUCUUGGCUUAGAUGAUAAAAUUAGGUUUGAAAGACAGUAUUAGUUCAAGAUUUUUAUAAUAUCAAACAUCAGAAAAUAUAAAGUUUAACCAAUCAGUUCAAGGUUAGUAAAGUGGGGGGUCUAUUCCAGUUAUUUACAUGGGUUUGAUAGACAAAUAUGGGUAGAUUGUUGGUUCAGAUUUUACUAGUAAAGUUAGAAUAUCUAUUCAAACCAAUAAUCUUGAUGAGAAAGCAAGCAAGUAUCCUCCAAUACUCGAAGGAAGUAGUGAUUUUCAAACAUAUGGAGGUAUUGCUGUUGUAAAGGAUGUAAUAGUAGCAGGAUCUCCUGGAUGCUUAUAUCAUGUAUCAUUUACGACUGAUGGAAUUGAUCUUAGCAAAUAAUCUAAUUAGGAAGCUAUGGAACUGCUGGAAUGCUAGGAUAAUACCUAUUCACUGGUGAAAAUGAUUGAACCUAACUCUUGUGAAAUAUGUCCAUCUGAAAAAGCGAUAUGCUUAGGAGGCAUCAAUAUUGGACCAUAACCAGGAUAUUGGAGAAAAAGUAAUACAACUAAAAAUAUUGAGAAAUGUCUUUUUGAGCCAGCAUGUCUUGGGAUGAUAGCUCCUAAUUACAAUCCUUAGGGAGACUGCUUAGAUGGUUAUAGAGGAAUACUUUGUGCUGAUUGUGACAAAGGCUACUCGAGAGAUAAUAAUUACCAAUGCAAAUACUGUCCAGAACAUUGGGUCAAUUCACUUAGACUAAUAGCGAUUUUGAUUGGAGUAGUUUUAUUGAUAGUCUUCAUGGUAAGAUCUACUCUUAAUGGUGCCAAAGAUGCCACGAACGUUACAAGUAUUUAUAUGAAGAUUCUACUUAAUCAUUUCUAACUAUUACUUAUGACAUCUUCCUUUGACUUCUCAUGGUCAGAGCAAAUUCUAGAUUUCUUUGGAGCAACAAACUAAGUUGGAUAAGUUUCAACGUAAGUAUUUAGUAUAGAUUGCUUCAUAAAUUCUAACAAUGAUGGAGAACAAAGCAACUCAGAUUAAAAAAGAGUAUUUUUCUUCAAGCUUAUCAUAAUAGCAGUCUUUCCAUUGUUUUUGACUAUUAUUUGCUUCCUAUUUUGGUCAAUUUUAAAUAAGGUCCGCAGAGGAGAUUUUCAAAUAGACAAUAAAUCCACAGCCAGUCUUGUUAUUUUACUGUUCUUAGCUCAUCCUAGUAUUGUUUAGUAUUCAUUCUAUGAUUUUAAGUGCAAAAAUAUUGAUGGAGAAUUAAGAUUGCAGGAUGAUUUAGAAGUUAUUUGCUGGAAUAGUACUCAUACAUUCUUUAGUUAUUUUGUUGCUCUUCCAAGCAUUGUUGUGUGGGGUAUUGGAAUUCCAUUUUUCGCUCUUGUCAUUCUAUUUAAGUUUAGAGAUGAUUUAGAAACACGUCGAACUAGAGAAAAGUAUGGAUUUCUAUAUAGAGGUUAUAAAAUCGAUUAUUUUUACUGGGAAAUAGUUAUUAUGUACAGAAAGAUAAUCAUAAUCUUUGUUUCAGUAUUUAUUGCUCUCUGCGUAUGCUUUAACGAAUAAAAAUUAAACAAAGAAAAUAUUCUUAAUUAAACUUAGCAGCUUAAUAACAAAUUUGAUGAAUAGUUUUAAAAGAUCAUCAAAUAGUUUUAAAACCUGCUUGACUAAGGAGACAUCAAACUGAAUGAAAAACUGAUUACAAAGCUGACUGUAUUGCUUCAUCAGUUUAAAGAUUUGAAUUACCUAAACUAAAUGAAAAAAGGGAAAUUGAAUCAUCACUAAUCAAUGGACUAUAAUAGAUAGUAAUAUUUUUCUUAUAAAUUUCUAUAGAUAGAUUAUGAAAUAGGCAUAGACUUUGAUGAAUAAAUAAAUACAGACAAAAAAUCUAGAACAGGAAGAAAAAGCCGUACAUUGUAAAUAAACAGGGAAAUUACUAACUAGAAAUUUUAGCAAUAAGUGUCCAUGCAAACUAGUGAGGAUGAAUCCAUGAACUUAUAAUUAGGAGAUUCCUCAAGACACUUGAAUCGAUGGACAUACCAUAGGUAAAAUCCAAACUUAAUUGGAGCUCUUCAAAGAUUUAAAGAAAGUAAUAAUGAGAAUAAAGAUAAAGUGGUGGACUCAAAAAGAUCUUAAAAAAUGAGAUUCGCUGCGAAAAGUAAAAAAUACGAUUCUUUAUAAACAGUUAAGAUAAUAAGUCAAAGAAGCCAUUACAAAGAAUAAUCCUAUACUAGCUUAGAUAAACUAAUUAAUAUGAAAGAAGAUUAAGAUAAGUAAAGUGAUGAAGGAAAAUCCAAGAAAAAAAUACCCUAAAUAUGUAUUGAAAAAGAUAAAAAUCACAUUGAUCAUCAUGCAAACUAAAAUGAUAAAAUAUCUGAAAGAGGAUUGCAGGAUUAUAGCUCUACUAAUGCCUUUUAAAAUAAAAGGUUUGCUAAAGAUUAGCUAAAAAUAAUUGUAGUUAAGAAGAAUGACAGAUAUAGAAAAGAUAAUGGAGUAAGUUCUGUUAAUGAUAAAUCGAAGUAACAUAAAAUGGAAAGAAACUAACCAUUGCCAAAUAAUGAAAGUCUCUCAGUUCAAUCUAUUACCAAGUUAAGACCAAAGAAAGAUAGCAAGAAUAAUUUGAAAGCUUUUGGAUUUUAAGACUUGGACAUUAAUUUCAACGACAAAUAAAUAAAUUUAGACCAAUAAUAAUAACUAAAUGAUGAGGAGGAGGACUAAGAUUAGAAUUUUCUAUAGAAUUAAAAGCAGAUUAAUUUUUACUAGUGCAAUCAAUCAAAUUCAAAUUAGGAUAUUAAGAAAGAUUAAAAUAAAAAAAAUAUCAUACUAAAAGAGGAAUCUUUGAUAAUUUCUAGCAUUAAUUCUGAUAAUGAGUAGUAGAAUAAUGAUUAUUAAAAACCAUUAAUCACUGAUUAGAGUAUUAAUAUCUUUAUUAACAAUGAACUUUAAUAAUCAGCUAUAAAGGAGGACAUUCAAAAACUGUAAUCAAACACAUUAUUAAGCAAUAUUCAAAAUCCUAUUUCACUUGGGAUUGUGAAGUUGAAUGAAAAUGAUUAAAGAGAUCAAGAUCAUUCAAACUAUAAACUCGGGCUUUAAAGCACUCAGAAUUUAGUCUCACCUAAUACCUGUAAUAUACUAUAAUCUAACUCAAAAGCUAAUUACAAAGAUUAAUAAAAGGUGGAUCUUAAUAACUGUAGCAGUAAUAAUUUAACUAAUAGUCAGAAGAGUAAAGAUAUUUAAGACUCUUCUUCUGCUAUUUCACUUGACUAAGAACCAAUUAUUAAGGAGAAUAGUUUUUCAUAUACAAAAGAUAUUAAGAAAGAUAAUAAUUGGAUACAGAAAGAAUGA